UUCAGGAAAGCCCUCUUGGAUACGAGACAAAAGUGCAGUGUAAAACGAAAACAAAAGUAGCUGGAGUUAGACAGAGAGGGCAUUUGAUCACGCUCUGCACUCAGGACUGCUGCCUUCUGCCGACUGAAGCAGAUUGGUGCCAUGGCUUUGGGACACAACCAGUCAACAGACUACUACUACGAGGAAAAUGAAGUGAAUGGCACUCAUGACUACAGUCAGUACGAAAUGAUCUGUGUCAAAGAAGAGGUCAGGAGAUUUGCCAAAGCAUUCCUGCCUGCCUUCUUCACCAUAGCUUUCGUCAUUGGACUGGCAGGCAAUUCCGUGGUCGUGGCUAUUUAUGCCUAUUACAAGAAACAGAGAACCAAAACAGAUGUGUACAUCCUGAAUUUGGCUGUGGCAGAUUUACUCCUACUAUUCACGCUGCCUUUUUGGGCAGUUAGUGCAGUUCACGGGUGGGUUUUAGGGAAAAUGAUGUGCAAAGUAACUUCGGCCUUGUACACAGUAAACUUCGUCUCUGGAAUGCAGUUUCUGGCCUGUAUCAGCAUGGACAGGUAUUUAGCAGUAACUAAAGCUCCAAGUCAAUCACGAGUGGGGAGACCAGGCUGGAUCAUCUGUUCCUGUGUCUGGACGGCCGCCGUUUUGCUGAGUAUACCGCAGCUGGUUUUUAACACAGUAAAUGACAAUGCUAGGUGUAUUCCCAUCUUCCCACACCACCUAGGGACAUCAGUGAAAGCAGCGAUUCAAAUGCUGGAAAUCUGCAUAGGGUUUGUCGUGCCCUUUCUUAUCAUGGGAGUCUGCUACUUUAUCACGGCCAGGAUACUCAUCAAGACACCAAACAUUAAAAAAUCUAGGCCCCUCAAAGUUCUGCUUACAGUGGUUGUAGUCUUCAUUGUUACUCAGCUGCCUUAUAACAUUGUCAAGUUCUGCCAAGCCAUAGACAUCAUCUACUCCCUGAUCACCGACUGCAGCAUGAGCAAACGCAUGGAUGUUGCCAUUCAAGUCACAGAGAGCAUCGCGCUUUUCCACAGCUGCCUCAACCCAAUCCUCUAUGUUUUCAUGGGAGCCUCUUUUAAAAGCUACAUUACAAAAGUGGCCAAGACAUAUGGGCACUGGAGAAGACAACGACAAAACGUGGAAGAGAUUCCUUUCGACUCUGAAGGUCCCACAGAGCCAACAAGUAGCUUCAGCAUUUGAAUGUAAAACUGCUCCGUCUCCCGCUUGGCUACACAUGAUUGAUGCUUCUCCCUCAGAUAAAACAUCUGCAUUAUU